AUGAUGAAAAUAUCAAGUGUCCGACAGAAUUUCGCCAAAGAAUGUGAAGAUGCAAUCAAUAAACAAAUCAAUGUGGAACUACAGGCUGCUUAUGAUUAUAUGGCAUUCUUCACUUAUUUCGAUCGAGAUGAUGUGUCAUUUCCGAAAGCAGCUGAAUUCUUUCGAAAAGCUUCACAUGAAGAACGUGAACAUGCAGAGAAAUUGGCCAAAUAUCAGAACAAACGUGGUGGUCGAAUAGAAUUUAUGGAUUUAAGAGCAGUUCAGAAAAUUGAAUUAAAUGAUCUUGAAGAAGCAUUUGAAAUUGCUCUAAAUUCUGAAAAGUCGAUUUAUCAGUCCCUACUGGAAUUACAUAGUGUAGCUGAAGAACACAAUGAUCCAGGGUUAUGUGAAUUUAUUGAAUCUGAAUGCUUAGAAACUAAAGAACAAUUCAUUAAAACAAUUGCUGAUUAUUUAACACAAAUUCAACGUGUUGGGAAACAACUUGGUGAAUAUUUAUUUGACCAAUUAACAUUGAAAGAAUAA